AUGCAAGGUUUAAAAUUAAGUGACCCUUUUAAUUAUGAAAAUGAUAUUAAAUACUCAAAGAAUAGCUCUGUUUCUUUUUGGAAUGAUGUGGCUACUAAAUAUGUUCAUUGGGAUAAAAUGUAUGAAAAUGUAUAUGAAGAAAUAAUUGAUAAGGAAGUGUGGUUUAAUGGGGGAAUGUUAAACACCUGUUAUAAUGCAUUAGAUGUUCAUUUAAAUGAUGAGGAGUUACGAGAAGAAAUUGCUUUAGUUCAUGUUUGUGCAUCUAAAGGUUUACAAUAUGAAAUAUCAUAUAAAGAUUUGCACCAUAAGGUAUGUGUUUUUUCGAGAGCAUUAAAAAAUUUAGGUAUUGUAAAAGGUGAUACAGUUGUUAUUUACAUGCACAAUUCUAUAGAAUUGGUUAUAGCAAUGUUAGCAUGUGCAAGGUUAGGUGCAAUCCACAGUGUUGUUUUUGGUGGUUAUUUAUCUAAUAGUUUGGCUGAUAGAAUUGAUCAUUGUAAACCAAAAAUAUUGAUUAUAUCCAAUUAUGGUUUUGUAAUAGAUAAAGUGCAUCAAUAUAUACCUCUUGUUAAAAAAGCAAUAGAGUUAACUAAACAUAAACCUAGUAGUGUUAUUGUAUUUAAUAGAAAAGAUAUUCAGGAUGUAAUUGAAGAUAAUACAUCAAUAGAAAACUCAUUGGAUUGGGAUAAUUUGAUAAAGAAUUUAGAACCAUUAUAUGAAUAUGUUCAGGUAGAGUCUACCCAUCCUUUAUAUAUUUUAUACACCAGUGGGACCACAGGUGAGCCUAAAGGGAUUGUAAGAGAAACUGGUGGGCAUGCGGUGGCAAUUAAUUAUGCUAUUAGAAAUUGUUAUGGUCUAAAAAAAAAAGAUUGCUUUUUCACAACUGCAAAUAUUGGAUGGGUAAGUGGACAUUCAUUUGUCGUAUAUGGGUGUUUGUUUUCAGGUGUAAAAUCAAUUAUUUUAGAAGAUAUAACUAGUGAUUUAUAUAAACACUAUUGGGAAAUUAUAAGCAGAUUCAAGGUUAAUUCAUCAGCCACAGUUCCAGCAAUUAUAAGAUUAAUGAAAAACAAUGAUCCAAAUGGUGAUAUUAUAUCAAAACUAAAUGUUUCAUUUCAUAAAAAUAUUUAUUUAGGAGGAGAUAAAUCACAUCCAACUAUCAUCAAUUAUAUUAACAAUAUUUUAAAACAAUCAGUAACAGAUGAAUAUUGGCAAACUGAGUCUGGUUGGGGUAUGCUUAUGUAUCCAUCCAAACAGUUAGCAUAUAGAGAUUGUUCAGUAGGUAAGCCUAUGCCUAGCUAUAACAUCACUAUAGUAAAUAGUAACGGUGAAGAGGUUAAAUCGAAUGAAAUUGGUGAAAUUGUAGUUAAAAAACCAUUACCUCCAUGUUUCAUAACCACUUUAUAUAGGAAUGAAGAGUUAUAUAAAAAAAAAUAUAAAUCAGAAAAACAUGGAUAUUAUAAAACUGGAGAUAAUGGUUAUUUCGAUGAUGAUGGAUACUUCUAUAUAACAUCAAGGGUUGAUAACUCGUUAUCAAUUUGUGGCUCAAUGAUAAGAGAAGACUCAAUUGAAAACUCAAUUAAUAAACAUUCAAUGGUUAAUGAAUGUUCUGUUAUUGGAGUAGAAGACCCAGUUAAAGGUCAAGUACCUUUAGCAUUUAUUGUUAAAAAUAAAAGCAAUUGUGAUAUGAAUAAUGAAAUGUUUGAAAAAGAAAUUAACAAACUUAUUACAGAGGAUUUAACAGUCAUUGCAGUAAUCAAAAGUAUAGUAUACCUCCAUCAUUAG